GUAACAUCUGAGCAAUCAGCUGCUCAAAUGCAAACAGAAACCGUUUUAGAAACAGAUGUCACAGAUUCUGCAUCUCAGUGAUCUUGAUUAUUAAUUCAGUGAAAAAAAUCAAUAGUGAACAAUAAAAAUUCUUUGUGAAAAUAAUUGUUUACCUAAGAUAUAAGAAGUACACAAUGUUUAUUUUUGUAUCAAAAUGGAUAAAGACAAGACAUUUAUUAAAUAUACAGAAUAUUAGAAAUAAAAAAUACUUAUGUACAAUUAAAAAAGAUGAUAAAUCACCUCUGUCUGGAAUUCGUGUUUUGGAUUUAACUCGAAUUAUUGCUGGGCCUUAUUGUACUAUGAUUCUUGGUGAUCUUGGUGCAGAAAUUUUAAAAAUUGAAAAACCAAAUAGUGGAGAUGAAGCACGAAAAUGGGGUCCUCCGUUUAUACAAGGAACUGAAGAAGCAACUUAUUUUCUUAGCGUUAAUAGAAACAAAAAAAGCAUAUGUAUUAAUCUGAAAGAAGGAAAACAUAUAAUUUAUGAAUUGGCAAAAAAGUCUGAUAUAUUAAUAGAAAAUUAUAUCCCAGGGAAAUUGAAAAACAUGGGCUUAGGAUAUGAAGAUAUUUCUGAAGUUGCACCGCAUCUUAUAUACUGUUCUUUGACUGGUUAUGGAUAUGAAGGACCUUAUACAAAUAGACCAGGAUAUGAUGUGAUUGCUGCUUCUAUAGGUGGCUUAUUGAAUAUAACAGGUCCAAAAGGUGGACCACCAUGUAAAGUUGGAGUUGCAGUAACUGAUAUAGCAACAGGUUUAUAUGCCCAUGGUGCAAUAUUAGCAGCUUUAUAUCAAAGAAUGGCAACAAAAAAGGGUCAGUGGAUUCAGUGUAAUUUAUUAGCAACACAAGUUGCCAGUUUGAUAAAUAUUGGAUCAAAUUAUUUAAAUGCUAAUAAAGAAGCAGUAUGCUGGGGUUCGGAACAUGAAAGUAUUGUACCUUAUGAAGCAUUUCAUACAAAAGAUGGUUAUAUCACUGUAGGAACUGGAAGUGAUACACAAUUUUUAGAUUUACUUAAAAGGAUGCAAUUAACAGAAUUAUCUAAGACAGAUAAAUAUAAAAAUAACAAGAAUAGAGUGAAAUAUAGAGAAGAGUUAUUACCUAUUCUCAGACAAAAAUUUAAAUCAAAAUCUAAUAAAGAAUGGGAAAUUGUUUUUGAAGGUGCUUCAUUCCCAUAUGGUCCAGUAAAUACAAUAAGACAGGUGUUUGAAGAUCCUCAUGUAAAAUACAUGAAAAUGGUACAAGAAUUGGAAGAUUCUAGUGGAAGAAAAGUUAAAGUUGUGGGACCUGCUGUAACAUAUAAUUAUGCUACAAAUAAAGUUCGAUGUGCUCCUCCUAUGUUAGGUCAACAUACUACUGAAAUAUUAAAAAAUAUUUUAAAUUAUACUGAUGAUAAAAUAGAAACAUUAAAGAAAACUAAGAUUGUGCAAUAA